CUCGUCGCCCCUCACUCCUCAUUCGGCGCUCGAAGUGAACGCACGUCAAGGAAAACCUCUAAACUAAUAAACAAUGGUUGUGAAACUAGAAAACGUUGCCGCUUUGUACGCCGACGCGUAUCCGGCUAUCUCCAAGUCCAGGAAAAGCGAGUGUGUGGCCAUGGACUGUCCAAGGCGGCAGAAGAUGCGGUGUGCCUUACCAGCUCUCGUCGAAGAUGACUCGGAAGUUGAAGCGUACGAGCCUGAACCAAAGUCCUACAUCCUUCACGAAGGUCUGAGAAGACAAAAGUCCUUGUCUCCGCAACGAAGAGAAAGGAUGCGCCGGCAAUUGGCUCUGCCGUCGCUUUCUGAAGAUGAAGAGCCUUGAUCGACUCGCAAUUGUCUUUGGAAUGAAGAUUUGAUGCUGUACGCGGCCAGCGGUCUCUCCACAGCCUUUCACAGAACGUGAUAAGGCCCUGGCUGCAACCCUGGGCAUUUCCUCGGCUCCAGAAGCAGUGAACAGUGAUUGUGGAUCACCGUAGUGAUCACGGACGAAAAUGUGACGGAACGUUAGUGAUGUGACACCAAAAGCUGCAAUACCAAAGCAUAUUGAUACCAAUUUAGGUGAUAAGGUUAAUUAAGGGUAUUGUUUUACCGAAAAUAAAUGUGUUAUUGAUACGA